AGGUCAAACAGGCAGCUGAUGGUUGCUUGCUAGCAAAUGGGGCUGUUUGACAAGUUGGCAGCAUGGCUGGGGUUGAAGAAGGAGGUGAAUGUUCUUUGUCUCGGUUUGGACAACAGUGGAAAAACCACCAUCAUCAACCAGCUGAAGCCCGCUAAUGCCCAGGCACAAGACAUCGUCCCAACUAUUGGCUUCAGCAUUGAGAAGUUUAAGACAUCAAGUCUGUCCUUCACAGUGUUUGACAUGUCUGGUCAAGGCAGGUACAGAAACCUUUGGGAACACUACUACAAGGAAGGCCAGGCUAUCAUAUUUGUCAUUGAUAGUGUAGACAAACUGAGGAUGGUAGUAGCCAAAGAAGAGCUGGAUACAUUACUAAACCACCCGGAUAUUAAACACAGGAGGAUUCCCAUCCUGUUCUUUGCAAACAAGAUGGAUGUCAGGGACGCUCUGUCUUCUGUCAAGGUCUCACAGCUGCUGUGUUUGGCAAAUAUCAAGGACAAACCCUGGCACAUCUGUGCCACUGAUGCUCUGAAAGGAGAAGGUUUACAGGAUGGAGUCGACUGGCUACAAGAUCAAAUCAAAACAAUGAGAACGUGAGGGAAUGAAGAUGGAUGUGCUGGAAGAAGCAGCAUUCCUCCAAGUCUUAUGUGAAGAUUGGUUGACUCUGUUUUCAGAGGUACCAAGGGACAGUGAUGUUUUUAAUUUGGUAUUUAGAUGGUAAAAUAAAAUCAUUAAAGUAUUACAUGAUUCUUCUGGUACUAGUAAUGAAAGUACAAAUGAUACCACUGAUAAUGCCAAGUCAAUGAGAAACAUAGAAAUUUAGACAUAGACUUUAACACAUUUUUUUGCGACGGACUCUUUUUUUCCCAGGCAAGCGUUUUGAGUUCAAGCUAAUAAUGUGUUUCUUAGCUUUAACUCUCUUUCUAAAGGGGGAGUUACAUUUAAACAAAAGCAUCUAUUUAUAUUAUCCCUUACACUCUUAAUGUUGUUGUGUUCCAGGCCCAGAGGGAACAUGAUGAGCAACAACACAUUAUUUUUGAUUGGUGCUGUCUUUAUUUUAGGGAGCAUGGAUACCUGGAAAGUUUGUAAAAAAUACAUGGUUGGGUGUGUCAUUUUAACUCUCCCAUGUGUUCCACAAAUGAUAUGUGCCAGAUUACUGGAGGAGAAAGCAUAUGUUUUACAGCUGGUUGAUUCAGAUUCACACCACAUUAUACCAUUUGCACGCUUCUCCACUGGCAAAAACCAAUAUUAGAUAUUUGUGGCCUGAUGUGCUACAAUCAUAUUCAUUUCCACACAGCAGGGAAUACAUGCUCUGAUUGAAUGUCCACUAAUUGAAAUCAGGUGGCAGUCUCUGCCUGUCUCAAGCCUCCAUGCAUCAGAUACAAAAAAACGUUUAGCAGUGAUGUUAAGUAUGCGCAAUCUGUGUGUAUGGGCUAUUACAUACAAAACAACCUGUAGGAAAGUUUUUAGCAUUUGUUUCCAGCACUGAAAUAUGCCAAAUGCUCCAAUUUAUGUUUGUAUGUCUCUCAAGGCCUCUGUAGCUACAUUAUUACUUGUGUUUGAAGAAUCACAGCAUGUCAGUUAACAAUCAUUUACUUAACAGAAGAACAUUUUUGUAUUUCUUUUACAAAUGCAAAAACUUGGAUAUUGGGUCAAAUAUAAAGCAAGAGUUACUAUAUCUUCCCUGCAGCUAAUAUAUUCUUGCAGCUCUUCUGAUGUUUGAAUAAUAUUGCUCUCUUUGAAAAUAUAUUUUUGUGCAUUAAAAAUUACAUUUAAUGUAGAUUUGUUACUUGUGGUUGAGUGUACAUGUAUAGUAAACUUAGCUGUAAAAACUGAUUGUUAUGAAAUGGAUGUAAAGUGAAUUAGUUUGCUUAAAAAUCUGAACUUGUCUUUACAAAGUUAUUUCAACCAGUGUUAUUUUUUUACUUUGCCUUACUCUAUUGCCCAAGAAAAAACCUAAUAAUAUAAUUUACUCAUUCUACUCCAGUGAUUCAAAGGCACACCACUAGAAAAAGGAAAAUCAUCUGCUCAGUCUGCACACAGUUUUUAAUGCAAUCCUUUGAUCAUCUGCUUUAGUCUCUGACUGAAAGCUUGCAUUAAAAACAAUUGCUGUACAGAUCAGAGUGUGUGGUUGCUUUUAGCUUUUGUGCAUCACCUCAUCUGAACUUAAUAGAAAAGAAGGGGUGUUACUGUUUCUGAGUAAUGUCAGGGCAAAGAGUAUCAACUGACCAACAUCUACAUUCAAAUAUUUUAAAUAAUAGUGUUUUAUAUCAUAUCCAUAUGCAACUUUAUCAUGUUCUUUAAUUUAUCUUCUGCAGAACUAUUUUAAUAACCACUAUGUAGUCAGAAAAGACCAGCUUGAUAUCACCCAUGGGUGUAGACACUGUAGAAUGUAUGACAAGAAUGCAUGGGGUGGAUAGGAUGAAAAAACUAUUCCUUUACAUUUUGUUUUAGUUUAGUUAUUUAAGUCGUGAGUGAAUGAAAAGAAAAAUCAUGGUUAGUCGGGGCCACCAACAGAUCUACCAAUCCUUCAUAUCAAGUACUUUAUUUUAGUUUGAAGACAAGAAACACAAGCUGGAAAGUGUAGUUUUGUUGCUUUUUGAAAUAUAUAACUGUAUUGGGUUUAUUUUGUAGGUAGACAUAACCAAUGGAAAUGGAUCUUCCUGUUACUUUAAGCCCACUCAUAUCAGUGUCUUCGUGUAGACCACUGGGGGACGCCCAAGUCCAAGAUAUUGAAAUUGUGCUUGUAGGUGCUUUAAGGUCACCACAUUGAUUUUGUAAUAUAUUGUCUAUUUCUAACUAAGACAUUUCAGAGUGAAGAUUUACUUUCCAGGUUCAUAUCCUUAAGACACCAUAUGUUAUCCAUAACAAGGAGAGGAGUCCUGUGAGAUCAUGUUUCACAUUCUCCUGACAUCUAAUUCAAAACGAAGACCCUGUGAGCACUAGUUCACUUUAGCAUCAGAUAUGUUAUAGAUUGUUACUAAAUGAGCUUUGUUGUUGAUAACAUUGUACGUGUUUAUUUUUAAGAAUAAAUACUGUGUUAAAUGAA